AUGGUGAAGUCCUACAGCAAGUACGAGCAGAGCGACGCCUUUGGCGUCGUUGCGACUGCCACUUCGAACCUCGUCUGGACCGCCGAAGCCACCCAACCCGGCACCAAGUCCUCCGGAGCAGGACGCGCAUACGCCGCCGCAAACGAAGAAGUCCUCUGUUGGGAUGUGAAGAAGGGCGAGCUACUGAGCAGGUGGCGGGAUGCAAGCUGCACUGAUGAGGUUACUGUCAUUCGUAGAAGCGACACCGACCCCGAUGUCUUCGCUGUGGGAUACGCAGACGGAAGCAUUCGAAUCUGGGAUGCAAGGACGUCGACCGCCAUCAUCAGCUUCAAUGGGCACAAGUCAGCCGUUACCACACUGGCCUUCGACCAGAGUGGGGUGCGACUGGCCAGUGGCGCAAAGGACACAGACAUCGUCAUCUGGGACCUUGUUUCUGAGACUGGCCUGUUCAAGCUACGAGGGCACAAGGGACAGGUCACUGGAUUGCAGUUUCUCCAUCCCGGAGCAACGCCGCAGGAAGGCGGGGAAGAGACGGAAAUGGCCACGGACCAGACCUACCUCUUGUCGACGAGCAAGGAUGCUUUGAUGAAGAUCUGGGACAUUGGCACGCAGCACUGUAUCGAGACACACAUUGCACAAACAAACGGAGAGUGCUGGGCGUUGGGCGUAUCACCAGAUGGCAGUGGUUGUAUUACAGUAGGGAAUGACGGCGAACUCAAGGUCUGGGCCAUCGAUCUACCUGGUUUACGACAAGCUGGAUCGACCGUUGGCGAAGCUUCCGAGCAACGCUAUCUCACGGCGAGGGGCGUACUGUAUCGAUCCGGUAAAGAUCGAACACAGGGCAUCUCUUUCCACCCCAAGUCGAACUAUGUCGCAGUGCAUGGCACAGAAAAAGCUGUUGAGAUUUGGCGGAUACGCACGGAAGAGGAGGUGAAAAAGAGCUUAGCAAGGAAGAGGAGAAGAAGACGCGAGAAGGGAAAGAACGAGGCAAACAGCGAUGCGCAAGAGGAGGAGGCAGAAGACAAGAUCAAUGUCGCUGAUGCAGAUAUUGGUGAUGUCAUCACCUCGUACGUUACCGUACGGACCGCAGGAAAAGUCAGGUCUGUUGCGUGGAUGAAGACAAGGGGGUCGAAAAAGAUGCAACUCCUAAUCGGCACCAACAACAACCUCAUCGACGUAUUCGACAUUCCUACAAAAAGCAAGUCGAAAUCCGACGAGGUGCCAGACUACACUCGCACAUUGUCUGUCGAGCUCGCAGGCCAUAGGAACGAUGUACGAGCACUGGCGCUUAGCUCAGACGAUCGUAUGCUGGCAUCAGCUUCAAGUGGCGGCCUGAAGAUAUGGAACAUCAAGACCCAAAAUUGCCUGCGCACACUAGAGUGUGGCUACGCACUUUGCUGUGCAUUCUUGCCGGGUGACAAGAUUGUUGUCGUGGGCACGAAAGAAGGUCAUCUUGAGUUAUACGACAUUGCAGCCUCAUCGUUACUUGACAAGAUUGAGGCCCACGAAGGCGCUGUCUGGACUUUACAAGUUCAUCCUGACGGCAAGUCGCUCAUCUCUGGUAGCGCGGACAAGUCGGUCAAGUUCUGGAACUUUGAGAUCGUCCAGGAAGAGAUUCCUGGCACAAAACGCACGAUGCCUCGCCUCCGGCUCGUUCAGUCACGCAUUUUGAAGCUCAACGACGAUGUUCUGAGCGUUCAGUUCUCGCCCGAUUCUAGGCUAUUGGCUGUCGCGACACUGGACAACACCGUAAAAGUCUUCUUCGUCGACUCGUUGAAGCUUUUCCUUAAUCUCUACGGUCAUAAGCUUCCGGUACUGAACAUGUCGAUAUCGAGUGACAGUAAGCUCAUUGUAACAUGUUCAGCCGACAAAAACGUGCGGAUCUGGGGUCUGGACUUUGGUGAUUGCCACAAAGCACUCUUUGGCCACGAAGACAGUAUUAUGCAGAUAUCCUUUAUUCCGCAUCCUGUUGAUAGCGACGAGAAGCACUUAUUCUUCAGUGCCAGCAAAGACAAGACGAUCAAGAGUUGGGACGGCGACAAGUUCCAGCAGAUACAAAAAUUUCGCGGACAUCACGGCGAAAUCUGGGCCAUGACCCUCGCACGCACCGGCGACUUCAUUGUCACCGCUUCGCACGACAAGAGUAUCCGCAUUUGGACCAAAUCCGAUGAGCCCAUCUUCCUCGAGGAAGAGCGCGAACGCGAGCUUGAAGAACUCUACGAAAACACACUCGCCCAUUCCCUCGAAGACGAAGAACCUCUGACAGGCGAGCGCGCAGAAGCUGUCGAUGCCUCCAAACAAACAAUCAGCUCCCUCACAGCCGGAGAACGCAUCCAAGAAGCACUAGAUCUUGGUGUUGCGGAUCUGGAGGUCGUCCGCGCGUGGGAGGUGCAGAAGCGAGCGAAUCCAAAGAUCGCGCCACCACAGCGCAAUCCUCUGUUCAUGGCACUGGGCAAUAUCUCAGCAGAGCGUCACGUUCUGAACACCAUGGCAAAGAUUCCCGCCGCUCAACUCCAGGACGCGCUUCUUGUUCUGCCCUUUGCCUCACUUCCAGCACUCUUCACGUUUCUCAGCAUCUGGGUUCAGAAACAGUGGAAUGUUACACUCACAUGUCGCGUUCUUUUCUUCAUGGUCAAGACGCACCAGAAGCAAAUCGUUUCCUCGAGGGAAUUGAAGACAGUCCUCGAAGACAUGAGGAGUGAUCUGAGGAGAACUUUGAGCGGUAACAAAGAUUUGAUCGGUUUUAAUGUUGCGGCUCUCAGGUUUGUGGGCGAGAGAGUGGAUGAGCAGAAGGUUGUGAGAUUGGAGGACGUUGAACGGAUUGAGGAGGAAGGAAAGCAGAGAAAGAAGAGAGGGUUCGUGGACGUUGCGUAA